AUGGGUUUUACACAAAACAUCAUCAAUAACAUCAACUGUACUGAGACUCCCUAUGCCAAUGUGUAUGAGUGCAGUGUGACUCCUGAACUAUUUGAAGCUGGAGACAGCAUUGGUAUUGCUUUGCCAGCCAACAGAAGUGCUCGACUGCUACUCAGUUUCCUCUUCAGCGAUAGAGGUCCAAUUGGUGAGAGUCUGAAUGGAAAUGAUGAUAUCAAAGAUAUUCCGCUCAUCACAUUGGGAGUGGUUCCUAACAGUGUGACAACAUCAUCGACCUCAAUGUUAGCUACCAUCCCUAUUCCUCAUCAAUCCAUUCUCCAGCAACCUAAUCCCACCACCACCCUACUCCAAUCACCAUCUUCUGUCAUCAUCACUGGUUCUCCCACACAGUCAACCACCUCUGAAACUUCCCCCACUGAAGACACCUCAGACCCACAGUCCAGCAGUGACAAUACUGGAGUGAUAGUGGGUGCAGUGAUGGGUCUUAUACUGGCAGUCCUCCUGUUCCUGGCCGUGGUUCUCCUGCUAGUCUUCAUACUCUGUCGGAGGAAACGCACCAAGUACGACGAGAAAGAAGAGGAGAAGAGAGAGAUGACAGAGGAAGAGAGAGCAGCCAUGGACAACCCAGUCUACUCAGGAGGUGAGGGAGUCAUUUGGUCCAGUGGGCGACCUCUAGUCUUGUGUGGUCUCCUAAUCGGUUCAAAGUCCUGGCACUUGCUCCAACCCACUGUCCCAGGGCGUGACACGGAGUCUGGCAGACCUGAAGACAGAGGCAGCAACCACAUGUAUGAUGUCACCACCUCCCAACAACCCUCCUCAUCAACCAACAGUGGACAGGUCUACGACGUCCCUGACAAUACCCCCAGUAGUAAUGACGGGAGGAAGAUAAAUGAUUCAUUUGACAACCCGGGCUACUACUCCACCAUACACGAGGUCCACAGCACCACAGACAACUCGCAGAUCGAUGCAAUGUUGUCCAGCAACCACUACGAGAUGGAAAUCUACGUGCCAACAAAGGAACAAAGAACCUACGUGGAAAGUGGAGCAGUACCAAAUGAAAAUAUUUACGCCACUCUGGAGGAG